CGGCUCGCAGUCUCUAAAUUAUUACUGAACGCUAUAUAUUUUCUUUCACUGAAUUAUUUAGAAAUAAAUAUUAUCUUAAAACGAAACGAGCUAUAAUUCAUCGCAAUGCCUGAAGUGGCAUUAAGAGAUACAGAUGUUAAACACAAAAAUGGUUCUGCCAUAAAAAUUCAAGGGGAUGUGUCACCCUCUGAAUCAUCCAGAAGUUCAUCACCUAAGAGUAUAUCACCAUGCAGUGACCGAGGUUCUACCAGAUACAGAUGUAAACCAAAAUAUAGUCGAUUAAUUGACAGAAUCAAUCAAAGGAAACUAUCAGGAGAUUCCUGGUUUUCUUUGGAAUUUUUUCCUCCCAGAACAAAUAAUGGAGCUCUUAAUUUAAUACAAAGGUUUGAAAGAAUGGCACGAGGUAAACCACUAUUCUGUGAUAUUACUUGGCAUCCUGCAGGUGAUCCUGGUAAUGUAGAUACACCUACUAGCUCCACCUGUAUCUCUGGUACCAUGGUCAACUACUGUGGUAUUGAGACUAUGUUACACAUGACCUGUUGUGGCCAGAGCGUUGAAACUAUAAAAGAUCAUUUACAGAAGGCUAAAGAUUUAGGAAUCCGAAAUAUUCUGGCUUUACGAGGAGAUCCUUUAGUUGAUGAUGGAGAUUGGAAGUAUGUAGAAGGUGGUUUAAAUUAUGCUACUGAUCUAGUCAAAUUGAUCAAAGAAGAACAUGGAGAUUAUUUUGUUAUCUGUGUCGCUGGCUACCCUACUGGACAUCCAGAAUGUACAUCCUAUGAAGAUGAUUUGAAAUACUUAAAAGAAAAAGUUGAUGCUGGAGCUGAUUUCAUCAUCACUCAGUUAUUCUUUGAAGCUGAGACGUACUUAAAAUUUCUCCAAGACUGUCGUGAUAUUGGAAUAACUUGUCCUAUAGUUCCUGGCAUUUUACCAAUUCAGGCUUACCAAUCACUCCGGCACAUUGUCAAAUUAUCAAAACUAGAGGUUCCUCAAGAAAUUAUUGACGCUAUAAACCCUAUCAAAGAAAAUGACGCCGCUAUAAGAAAUUUCGGUAUAGAUUUAUGUGUGGACCUUUGUAAGCAUGUGUUGGCUUCGGGAGAUGUUGGAGGACUCCAUUUCUAUACACUAAAUCGCGAAGUUGCAACCAUUGAAAUUCUCAAAAGACUAGGAAUGUGGACGGAGGAGGUUCGUCGACCGUUGCCAUGGAAACUCACAGCAAAUCAUGCUAGGUGCAAGGAAGAAAUUCGUCCAAUUUUCUGGGCCGGUCGUCCUAACAGUUAUGUAUAUAGAACUUCUAACUGGGACGAAUUUCCCAAUGGACGAUGGGGCAAUUCAUCUGCUGCCUCCUUCGGUGAUUUAAAAAGAUAUCAUUUAUUCUAUUUAAAAAGUAACUCGGCUAAAGAAAGUUUGUUAGAAAUGUGGGGCAGUGAAUUAAGGCGAGAAGAAGAUGUAUGGGAUGUCUUCUACAGAUAUAUUACUGGCAAGAAAAAUGAAGCUGGUUUGCAGGUAACAGAGAUUCCCUGGAAUGAUGAUGAAAUGUCUGCAGAAACAGCUAUUAUAGCAGAUCAACUGGCUGAAAUCAACAAACAAGGAGUAUUAACUAUCAACUCUCAACCAGCUAUCAAUGCUGCUCCAUCUAAUGAUCCUAGUGUGGGAUGGGGAAAUCCUAAUGGUUAUAUCUUCCAAAAGGCUUAUUUAGAAUUUUUCACUUCACCAGAGAAUGUUGAAGCAUUAAAAGAGAUUUUGACAGAUUAUCCUCUGGUUAACUAUCAUAUUUUAAAUCAUAGUGGUGAUGCAGACUACACAAAUUGCGAUGAAUCCGAACCAAUAGCUGUGACCUGGGGUGUUUUUCCUGGUAGAGAAAUUAUACAACCUACAGUAGUUGAUCCUAUAGCUUUUAAAUCUUGGAAGGAUGAAGCUUUUGCUUUAUGGAUGGAAACCUGGGGAAAGCUUUACCCAGCUGAUUCUCCAUCAAGGGAAAUAAUUCACUCAAUCCAGAAGCGAUACUAUUUAGUUAAUCUGGUAGAUAAUGAGUUUCCUAAACCAUCCUGUUUAUGGGAAAUCGUGAACAAAAUGUUGUCUAGAGCUAAUGUUAACCUCAGUGAUUAUGAUAGUGUUGAUGAAUAGAUCAAAAACAAAAAGUUAAAAAUGUAAAUACUGCAGAGUAGUUAUGAACAUUUUUGACUUUAUUAAGAAUUGGAAUCACUCUAUGCUGUAGAUGAAAAAUGACACCUGUUCAUGAACAGAUCUGAAAUGUGCUUCAGCACUGUUGUAAAUACAAACACAUUAAUAUUAACUUCUGUUAUCAAAACAGACAAAUAGUGUGUUGUAAUCUGAGUAUCCAGACCAAUAUAAUGAUACUAUUAAACACAUUUUGUGUAACUUUUGUUGUGAAACAGAUAGAAAGUCACCUGUUCCAUAUGAAACAUAGUAUAUAUAAUGUAUAACUUCUGUUGUAAAUUCUGUUAUAAAUAAUAAUAUGUUAUCUGAUAUUAAUAUAUACAGGUAUUUUCUUCUGUUAUUUAACAGUGCUGAUAAUUAUGUCCUGAAGCAUUAUGUUGUAUACAAUUGUGUAGCUUCUGUUAUUAAAACAGAUAUAUGUUUAAUAAAUACUAUAUUGAUAUUUCUGUUACAUAACAGAUAUGAAAGUAUUAUACUAUAUCUUUAAAACCAGGAUAUGAUAUUAUGGACUAAACAGAUUUGUGUUUAAUAAAUAUUCCAUUGAUAUUUCUGUUACAUAACAGAUAUGAAAGUAUUAUACUAUAUCUUUAUAAAUAUGAUAAUGAUAUUGCCUAUAGAUUUUGUUGUUUUUAACAGAUUAUUAAGUUGUUAUGUUCUUGUUUAUGUUUAAGAUCAAAUGAAGUAUUUUGUAUAAAUAAUAAUUGUUUUAUUAUUGGUAUACUUAGCAUAAAGUAAAGGAAUUGCUUCAUCUUUUU